AUGCUGUCUAGAGUAGCCCAGGCUUCGCGCUUGGGCUUGAUGACAGCUCGUCUGUCACGGCCCGUCGCAUCUCCAACCUUCCGAGCCAUUCCUGCUACUGCUCCGCAAUUUGCCUCACCAUGGCUCCGAUCUUACUCCAAGCGCUCGUCCGGUCAACCGCCAAAAGAUUCGAAGAAGAAGCCAGCAGCAGCACAAAAUGAUGCCGAAUCUGCAAAGACUCCAGAGCAGCCCGCCGCGAAUGACGUUAACAAGGCUGACGAGCAGUCUCCCGAGGCUCCCAAGGAAGGGGAGCAAAUACCUUUCCACAAGCUCCCUGAUCUGACCCAGGGUAUUCCUUCGACGCUUUUUGAAGAGAUGGGAGGUGACAAGAAGAAGGAGCAGCAGGCGCUACAGGAGAUGGAGGAGGCUGAGUCGACUGGUGGACGGGACCGAUCGGAAUAUGUUUCGACAACUGAGCGUAACCGCAAGUGGUGGACAAGAUUCGCACUUGUUACGGCAGCUGCCGGUGGUACUCUGAGCAUCUUAUACAUGGGCCGCAACUGGGAGGAUACCAUUGAGGCCGAGCGUCAUUCUGAUAUUCCUAAUGGUCCUUCUCCUAGCUUGUGGUGGAAGCGUGCCAAGGCCCGUAUGACCGAGUCUGUCACUUACUACAAGGAGCCUGCGUUCGAGAAGCUACUGCCCGACCCCGACCCUACUUUCGAGCGCCCUUAUACUCUCUGUCUCAGCUUGGAUGACCUGCUCAUUCACAGCGAGUGGAGCCGUGAGCACGGCUGGAGAAUCGCCAAGCGACCUGGUGUGGACUACUUUAUCCGAUAUCUGAGCCAGUACUACGAGCUGGUGCUCUUUACUUCUGUCCCUUACGCUACCGGUGAACCUAUUAUGAGGAAAUUGGACCCCUUCCGUUUGAUCUUGUGGCCUCUUUACCGAGAGGCUACCAAGUUCGAGGACGGAGAGAUUGUCAAGGACCUCUCCUACCUCAACCGUGACCUGUCCAAGGUGAUCAUUAUCGACAGCAACGCCAAGCACGUCCGCAACCAGCCCGAGAACGCCAUCGUCCUUGAUCCUUGGAAGGGUGACCGAAACGACAAGGAGCUUGUCAACCUCAUUCCCUUCCUCGAGUACAUCCACACUAUGCAGUACGACGACGUCAGAAAGGUCAUCAAGUCCUUCGAUGGCAAGCACAUCCCCACCGAGUUCGCCCGCCGUGAAGCUAUCGCCCGUAAGGAGUUCCAAGCCAAGCAACUCGCCCACAAGCACAAGCACGGCUCUGGUGUCGGAGCCCUGGGUAACCUUCUCGGUCUCAACCCUAGCAACAUGAGCAUGAUGGUGUCCCCCGAUGGCGAGCAGAACCCCGCCGAGGCCUUCGCGCAGGGUAAGAUGUUGCAGGAUGUCGCUCGUGAGCGCGGUCAGAGGAACUACAUGGAGCUCGAGAAGCAGAUCCGCGAGAACGGAGAGAAGUGGCUGAAGGAGGAGGCUGCCAUGAUGGAGGCGGCCCAGAAGGAGGCUAUGCACAGCAUGAUGGGUUCUUUCUCCGGCAUGUUCGGUGGCGGUGACCCUCCUGAGAAGAAGGCUUAA